AUGCUAGUGUGCAUUAUCCACGGCGCUAACAUGACCAUGGAAAUAGAUGCUAAAAAAUAAUAACCUGGGCGCGGCGGCCAUCUUGCCUGUGCUCGCUCAGGCUGGGAAAUCUUGAAACUGAGAAUGGAGAACAACAAACCACAAUGUUUGUUUUGAUUCAGUUCAGGAUAUUAUACACGGCGGGCACACCGCAGCGCUCAGGGGAACCUGCAUGGUUGUGCUUGUGGUCCGUGGGUUUCCUCCUCGGUUACCGGUGAGGAAACCUGCUCCCCAGGACUGCUAGCCCGUGGAGCUAAACUAACGACUAGCCGGGCCAGCUAGCUGUUCGAUGACCGUGUUGAGAUCGUCAGUGGCGCACUGAGGCUACAGCUCCGCUCGGAAACAUCGUGGCUUGUGCACGACUGCUUCUAGAGUGAACGGAGAUCCGAGAUCACACCACCAGUAUGUUGUGCGGAGCAGCGAAACAAACGCUUAUUUUAGAUAAAAACACGUCGUGAGCCUUUCGGCUUCAACUGCCCCUUCGGUUAUUACGGUUAGCCAGGACAGGCUUUUUGUAAAUAAAGUUGGAAUUUGGAGCGACUUUAGCACCUGGCAGCUACAGCUCCACGUAAUCCCACUUUGGGAACACUGGCCACUGCAGCUAGAUUGAAAUGUUCCCUGUGAUCCCGGAGUAGUCUCCGAUGCCACCUACAUGUCUGACCAUAAUGACACGGUGAACCGAUUUGAUCCAGAAGAACACACCUGAAAGUCCAGUGUUGGCACUGGUCUCUCGGCAGGUAGCAGAGCCAACUCUCUAACUGGGCCUAUCCUCGGGUCAACGGGACCGUCUGCCGCUCAGGAUUUAAUUCAUUUCCCGGUGGUGAAAUGUCAUAUUUGAACACAUUAAACUCAUAAAGGCCCGAGUCAUGCUGCAGCUUCUCGGAGUCCACCAUCAGUCGGAACUAGUUUAAAUGGGACGUGAAUCCUUCUGCUCUUUGGGACUACUGCUAAAUUAAAAGCUUUUGUGUUUGGAUCCACUAUGGGCUCAGCGACCAAACUGGCCUUCAGUGUUUUCCUCAUCUCCUGCUCCUCAGGUGCCAUCCUGGGCCGUUCAGGGUCUCAGAAGUGUGUCCACUACAACUACAGCCCUUCCUUCUCAUCUUCAUCUGUGUUGGAUGGUCAGCAGAACAUCAGUGCGGUGGUGACCUGCUCUGGAGAAAAAGAUAAGAGGUUGCAUUGCUUUGCCACCUGGAAGAACGUAUCAGGAGUGGUGCAGGUGGUGAAACAGGGGUGCUGGCUGGAUGACAUCAACUGUUACAACAGGACCGAGUGUGUGGAAAAGAAAGAUGCUCCUGAAGUCUUCUUCUGUUGCUGUGAAGGAAGCUUGUGUAACACGAAGUUCUUCUACAGCCCCGACAGCAGCCAGUCGCAGAUUCCCACGACAAACAAACCAGUGACGCCGAGGCCCCCAGUCCUGACCACUCUGAUGUACUCACUGGUUCCUAUCAUGGCCAUCACUGCCAUUGUCCUGCUCUCCUUCUGGAUGUACCGACACCACAAACUGGCCUACCCACCUGUACUGGUGCCUACACAGCAAGCCUUUCAUAUAAUGAUAGAGGACCCUGGUCCUCAGCCUCCCUCGCUCGUCCUGGGUCAGAAGCCGCUGCAGUUACUGGAGGUCAAAGCCAAGGGGCGCUUCGGCUGUGUGUGGAAGGCUCAGCUGCUCAGCGAAUAUGUUGCUGUCAAAAUAUUCCCCAUUCAGGACAAACAGUCAUGGCAGAAUGAGUAUGAGAUCUACAACAUGAAAGGAAUGAGACACGACAACCUGCUGCAGUUCAUCGGAGCUGAGAAGAGACAAAGUAACAUGGACAUGGAGCUCUGGCUCAUCACAGCCUACCAUGAGAGGGGCUCUCUGACCGACUACCUGAAGGCCAACGUCCUCUCCUGGUCUGAACUCUGUCUCAUCGCUCAGUACGUGUCUCGAGGCCUUGCCUACCUGCACGAAGACAUACCUGGACACAAGGAUGGACACAAGCCUGCCAUCGCACACAGGGACUUUAAGAGUAAGAACAUCCUGCUCAAGUCUAAUCUGAUUCCUUGUAUUGCGGAUUUCGGCCUCGCUCUAAGGUUUGAGGCGGGAAGAUCUCCAGGUGACACACAUGGACAGGUGGGGACUAGGAGGUACAUGGCCCCGGAGGUCUUGGAGGGGGCCAUUAACGUCCAGAGAGAUGCCUUCCUGAGGAUAGACAUGUAUGCCUUGGGUCUGGUGCUGUGGGAGCUCGCCUCACGCUGCAAAGCUGCUGAUGCCACCCGACACUGUGAGUAAUCUGCUUGCCAGUUAUGCUGUGGAGCAGGUGCUCUGACGCUGUGAUUAGCCUGCUUGCCAGCUACGGUGCGAGAACCCAACGUUGUGAGUAACCUGCUCUCUCACCUGAUUCUCCUGGUUCCUGCCGGCCUCCUGUUACCUGCCACCACCUGUCUACUCACCAGCACGUCCCGAUCCUCUGGUCCUCCUGUUACCUGCCACCACCUGUCUACUCACCUGCACGUCCCGAUCCUUUGGUCCUCCUGUUGCCUGCCACCACCUGUCAACUCACCUGCAUGGCCCGAUCCUCUAGUCCUCCUGUUGCCUGCUGUCCUCCUGCCAUCUCACCUGCCUGCCCUGGUCCUCUGCUCCUCUGGUCUCUGUUGCUUCCCCGUCGAGCUGCUGACUCCUCCUGGUUCUUGUCCGACCUGUGCUCAGUUGGCCGCCACCCUUCCAGCCAGUUCAGUACCUGUUACUUACAGUAGCUCUUUAAGACUGGAGCAGAGUCAGCGGCACCAAGUUCAACAAUGAUAAUGAUUGUCCAACAAGCUCUGUGUUAUUAAGUCUGUUGUACUUGAAUCCACAAGGGCUGAAGCAAAUGUGGAUUUUACUGUGCAACAUAUGACACUAAAAUAAUGAAUGUGGUUCAGAAUCCGGGAUAUAAAAUACAUUUUCCGAAAUGUCAGUGCAUCUCUCUGUUGUAGUUUAUAAUCCUCUGGUGCAGGCCAGGUCCAUUUUAUAUGUGAAAACCAAUGAUUAUAUAAAGAAAAUGGCUGUAUACAGCCAUAAGGAAUCCUACAUUUUGUAUUGAUAUGGCAGACGAGAUCUUUUUACUUACACAGUUCAUCACUUUUGUGUUGAUUCUAUUGGUGAUGCAUGUCCUGAACGUUGGUAGCACAGCUAACUGCUCCGUGACGAUCCUCUCCCAGCCUGCAUUAACAGAGCCUCAGAUAGCAGCUACACUGGACAGCUGCCUCACAACAACUCCCCGCUGCAGCGUUCAUCAACACAACUGCAACAGUGAGCACAGAAAGCCGCACUACCACUCUUUCUUUUUUUAUUGGCAAGAAUGUGCAUUUGUUUUAGAGUUGGUGUGGCCCGUACGUGGGCAGACAAUAAACGCAUAACUUUAUCUCAUUAGACAGCAAGAGGCAGCAUCUAGCGGUGUAACCAUGGUACUGCAGCAUAUUUUCGGACAGUUAACACUGCAUGUCCUUGCAGUCAUUGGCUUCUCCUUGCCUCCUCUGGAAGUCCUCUCCAGAUCAGUGUUUCUGUAGAGCCAGGAGAAUCAUAGGACCCUCCCCAUUCUGGCCACCAAAUUUUCAGUCCACUGCCCUCUACUAGGUGGUACAGAAGCAGCAAAAGCCGAACAAACAGAUUUAAAGUUGGGGUAAAGUAGAAUUAAAUGCGUUCUGAGGUUGUUACCCCACAGGAGGAUGUUAUUAACCACCCAGCCAAAUCUGAACUAUCAAAAAUGGUGCCAAGUAUAUAAAAUUAGCUUUCAAAAUCAUGAAAAAUUAAGGAGUAAUCUCUGCUUUGAAAUUCUGCAGGCAUGUUGGGUGAAGACACUGAAACCAUGCACAAUCAUGGAAAUGUGCUGCCUGCUCUCAUCAUGGAUGUAUUGAGGGAGAACAUGUAGGAUGCAUUUGCUGGGUGAGGGCAUAGCUAGCUAGCUAGCUAGCAAAUUGUAGCAUGCAUUAGCUUGCGAUCAAACAGAAGAACUGGUGUUAACAGACCGAUUGCCAUUGGUACCAUGGAGUUCUUAAGUCAAAUUGUCCUACAUUUUGGGAGGGCAUAUUGUCAUCCUGACAGAAGCAUCACAGACUCUCCAAAGAUAGUCUGAUCAAUAGUCAAGAUUCACCUAGCCUUCCCCAGAAUAUGUAACUUAAACAAGUGAGGUACGUUCACUAGCAGGGACCUGCCCUCACUUGGAACAAAUAGAAGUAUAAGGAUAGAGGAUGCUUUUGAACUUGAUGGUUUCGGGGAAGGCUAAGGAGGCCUGCGUUCCUCUCAGGCACUGGCAGACCCCCAAACCCUUCCAACAAAUAAGUGCAGUCCAAAUGGUUAAGUGUCAAGGUUUAAGUAAAUCCAAUUUCAGUUCAAUUUAUUGUAUUAGCACCAGUUCACGACAAUAAGAGAAACUCAACAAACCCCAACCUUGAGCAGCACUUGGCAACAGUGGGGAGAAAAACAACUCCCUUUAAUGGAAGAAACCUCUGAUAGACUCUGGCCCUUGGUGGGCAGCCUUCUGCCUCAACUGGUUGGGGUGAGUGGGUAGAGAAGAUAAGCCUGAAAAUAAGAGAGAGACGUGAAUCGGUGAACUGUUUCAUGCCCCACAAGCCCCCAGAACUGGUGAGGGAGUUGUCAAGAAGGGUAGGUGGAGAGGGGCCUGAUGCUGGUGGUGGGAGCCGCGGGCACCCUGGUGCCAAAAGGAGGAAACAAAUGGGGGAGAGAUCACGUGAUCUGGCACCCAGAUGACAGGAUGGUAUAGGAAAUGAAGAUAAAACAAGGCUCUUCCAAAGGUGCAGAAUGAGAGACUGCAGCCGCACCAGUAGAGGACAAGAGGCAACCCUGACAGGAGAAAACUGUGUCCACAAGUAGCUCCGGCUGAAGGAGUCCCUCAGUACCUAUCCUCUCAGGUGGAGUGCCAGCCAGGAGCUGUCAGGGAGAAGCAAGAGGAGCUGGCAGGAUGGGCUGAACUGCUGUGGCCUGAAUGCAAACAGAAGCGGCUGGUUUGAGAAGACCAUCCGACAAUGGAACGGUCCAGCAUCCGAAAACAAAGCAGGAGGAAAUUGAAGGCGAGCAGGUACACAUGGAUGGGGCUCUGGCCGUUCAAACAAAAAGCAGAGGUAUGGAGCUUUGUGUGAGUUAAAUAGUGUGUAAAUAUAAGAGGCGUAGUUCAGGUUAGGUCCCGCUCCUGAACUUUAGGUAAUUACAGUAUCUCCAUUUAUUUAUUAUUCACAGUCUUGCUCCACGUCUUGACAACCUUUUGGAAUCUAUUCGUGUUUGCCAGAGUAAGAGACCUGAACCAGCAAAUAAAAGAAAACACAAGAAUCAUUUCAAUAAAACAAGAAUAAAGGUUAUAAAAAUAACUUCGUUAUCUGGACGCGCCCAGUCAUCAUCAACAUAUUAAGUCUCACAUCAUCUGUAUCAUUUUCAAUGAAAUAAUUUCAUUUGGUGAACCCUCCUUUCUUUUAUUCUUUCUCGUGACCCCCUAGCACAUUUCAGGCACAGGUUUUCCUGAUUUAAGCCUUGAGUUUAGGCUGCUAAUGUUUUUGUGUAACAUUUUAUGAGUCACAGUAUCAUUUUACUUUCAUACCAUUAUUACUCGUACAGGUGGGAAUGCUCUCACGCUUGUGAUUAUGUCUUUCUAGCAGUUCUCUUUUCUCUGCCACAUAUUUUAACCAUAAAGCUUGUAUGACUCUGUUACUCUGUGAAUGUUUGUGAGGCAGCAGCAACAUUUGAAGCCUCAGGUGUCAUCAGUCAUGAUGUGUGAAACGGGGUAACGUGUUACACUGCAGUAAGACCUAUUGUUGCAUACACACAGACUCACAACUAGGGACGGGUAUCAAGAAGGUUUUAUUUAUUUAUUA